AUGCCCGAGAGACUUGGACUGAUUCCCUUCAGGACCAUCACCAUGAACAGAGGCAGCACUUUUGCCAAAACUUCCAAGAAAGAUACUCAGACAUCUGACAGGAAGAGCAAGGCCUUCAAGGAUAUUUCCAAAUACUUUUCUAAAGAAAAGUGGGAAGUGAUGGGAUACUCUGAGCAAGUCACCUAUGUAUAUAUGAAGAGAAACUUUGAUGCCAUUAAUAAUCUAGGUCUCAAUGCUUCCACCCCAUCUUUCAUUCAUUCUAAUAGAUGGACCCCCAAGCUGGAUAACUCUGAUAAUGAAGAAAAUCAGGAAGAACCUCCUCAGAUGGCUUCCAGUGUGCAACAGAGCAAAUAUCUGGAGAUGAAGUCCAAGAAGACAUGA